AUGUCCCUCGCUCUGUCUGAUGAGAUAUUCUUAAGCCAGAACCUAUUCCAUACGGGCACACGCCCAGCGUUGGGUCAGGCUGAAUGCUCUAUCGGCAAGACUCGAAUAAGGGCUGUGGUUACUGGUCAGCUCACGAGCCCACCGAGCAAUCGUCCUAGGGAGGGUCGUCUCAGCAUAAACGUAGAAGCAGGCCCAAUGGCUGCACCGGCAGUUCUUCCCUCUGGUAACUCGAGUGGUCUCGUUGGGAGCGCCCAAACACCAGAGGGAAUAUCUCUAUGCAAUCAACUAGAGCGAAUGCUCAAGGGUUCCAACGCAGUGGAUGUAGAAGCCCUAUGUAUCCAGAGCGGUUCCCUGGUGUGGGAACUACGCUUAGAUGUGCAUGUACUCAGUGACAACGGUAACGUUGGCGACGCGGCCGCCAUAGCAAGCACCGUAGCACUACGCCACUACAGACGAGCUGAAGUGUCUGUUGUGAACGGGGAGAUCAUCUACAAGCCUGAUUUAGAUCCAAUACCGUUGUCGGUGCAUCACAUGCCAAUACCCGUCACUUUCGCCUCAAUACCAUCAUCACUUGGUGAGAAUCCACUGCUGCUAGCCGACCCUAGCAGUCUGGAAGAAAGUCUUCAAGGUGAUGGCGGCCAGUUAGUGGUUGUCAUGAACCAAUAUGGAGAACUCUGCGGCGCACUCAAGUCCGGAGGAGCAUCACUCAUGCUGCAUAGAGAUCUCAUGCCAGCUAUCCGACUGGCUACGGCUCGAGUGAAGGAAGUCACCGCUCUAAUCGAUGAGAAGCUAGCCAUAGAUGAGCAUACCCGCUUCGACGUACACAAAGCUGACAUCCAUCACAAAUACGCCUCUUCUGGACUGGCGGUAGAUUUUGAUAAUGAUAUCUCACCCCAAGAGAGACAACAUCGACGAAAACGAAGCCUCGCUCAUCUGGCAAAACCGCUGUUAAAGAUACCUCAACCCAUGGAGCUAGACCUUCCCACAGAGCACCGAGCUACUACUGACUCCAGGCCAGCCGGAGACAGUGGUGAGGAGGAACCCUCUCUGGAACCAUCCGCACCGACACCUCCUGAUGUUCCCACUGCGACCAUGUACAGUACCCAGCAGUCGGAUGGUGGUGCCCCUGACGUUGCUGGAGCCACGACGCCGGCACCAACUCUAUCAGUGGCGGCACCGGAUGAUGACGACUUGGAUGACCUAUCGGCGGCCGUUCUUGUGAAGAAGGCCAAGAAGAAGCGUCGACCUCGGAAGUGA